AAAAAGUAGAUCAAAAACACUUUACCCUUCUCGAACCACAGUUAAAACGUUUUGUAUGUCUUCACGAUCAGAAACAAAUAGUUCAAUACCUUACAUCUUCCCACCUUCGCCGCCCAAGAACUACCAGGACACAAGCUCGUCUCCGGAUCCCUCUAUACUGCCCUACAUUAUAGCUCCUCAACUUCCGGAAAAUAGUCAUCCCAUAAGCUUGUCUUCAUCCAACAUUCAACUACCAUAUAUCACACCACCUCCACCGCCUCAAAACUAUCAGUUUGUAACUCCGAGGAAAAUGUCUACCCUCUCUAGCGAGGAAGUAGGUUCUGUUUCAAGUAGUGACAGUGAAGCGGACCUUAAUGCGGAAGCUAAAAAAAUCGAAGAUUUGGAUAUGCCACAAACUUUAGUUAACAAACUUAUUGGUAAUGUGUUAGGUGAUGGGAAAAUAGAGAACGAUGCGAGAUUAGCUGUGAUAAGAUCUACUACUGCGUUUAUUAGUCAUCUCGCAAGAUCUGCUAGUGUUAUUUCAAAAGAACAAAACCACAAGACUUUACAAACUGAUGAUGUAUUUAGAGCUAUUGAAGCAUGUAAUCUUGGUGAAUUUCUACCGAGGUUAAAAAGUGAAUUAAACGCAUUCGAAGUCAAAAAAGCUGCUGCCAAAGCAAAACACAAUGACGAUGAUAAUGAGUAUACUGGUGGACCGCCUUCAUCUUCAGUUGUGAUAAAUUUACCAUCCGAAAGUGACGUCAUGGUAAAAAUUACAAACCCCAACGGUAACAGUAGUUUGAAUACAUCUGGUACAAAACGAAAGUUUGAGGAAGAAAUAUCAUUUAAAGGAGACCCUAGUCGUACACCUGGUGUAGUUGUUUCCAGUAGCGAUCGACAACAUAUGAGUACUAUGCUACCUUCCGUUUCUAUAGAACAUAAUCACAUGGAGACUAGAGCGAAUAAAAUAGAUUUUAUAGAUGAUGUUAGUGAUCUAUCGAGUAAUGUCGGUACUAAUGAGAGUGAUGAUUAUUAA